UGAAAUAGGAACUUUCUGACUGAAGUAAAUUUUAGAAAUCAUCAAGAUCUUAGGCAAUAAAUCGAGCAAUACAGAACUUCCUCUUCCCAGGGAGCAGCAUUGAUCCUUCUCCUUUUACCGCAGGGAGUAACAACGAGAUAUCCUCAGGGUCGCCUUACCUAAGAAACGUCGUUUGCAAAACAUCAUAACGUAAACCAUUGGAUACUCCGAUACCAAAAGCGGGUAUUCAAGGACCAGUGCGAUAGAGGAUGGAGAGGAAAUGUACAAGACAACAAAUGACAAAGAGCAAAAAGUAUCAUCUGAUGGAAAUGGAAAUAAAGAAAAUGGGUCAAUAUCACCAAUUAAAUUUGAUUCAAAUUCAAGGGAUUUGGAUAUAGAACAUCAAGAAAAACUGGGUGAAGAAUUGGAUGUUUGGGACUCGGAAGAAGCUCGAACAAAUCGCGAAAGUAGCGAAGAAGAGUUCAAAAGCGAAAGGGUAGGGAAUUCAGAUGACAUACGUACCAUCAAAGAAUCACAUCCACUCUGUGAAGAGGCACAUAAAAGGUUGGAGAAAGUGAACCGAAUACGAAAUGAUGCUACUAAAGCAGAAACGAAUAGAGGUAAAGAAAAUAAAGUAAAUAAAAGCAAAGCGAAUGGAAAUAGAAAAAAUGGAUCAUCCAAAAAUGGUGAUAGCAAAAAUGAAUCGGAUACAGAUAACGGUCCAACCAAGAAAAUUAUUGAUGAAGCCGAAAACCGAAAAAAAAUCCAAUCCUAUUUAGUGGAAUCUAGCCGAAUAGAACGGAUUGCUGAUUAUAACAUGUGGAAGGCUGGAGUACCUCCAAGAUCAAGGAGAAACAGUGAACGCUCAAGUUCGAGGAAAUCCAGUUAUAACUCGAGAAGUUCCAGUUGCCAAAACUCAAUUAAAAGUGACAACCUGGAAAAGUUGAAUGACGACUCCGAAGGCAAUGAUUUGACAGAAGAUGAAAACAAUAAAAGUGCGAGUGAAAACAAAAUAAAAACGUCAUUCGAUGAUGAAGAGAACCAGACUGAAAGCGAUAGCCGGCGAGGAAAAUUUCCUUCUAAUUUCCCCCAUUACAUGCUUAGUAUAGUGAAAGAUCUGAAAGAGAGAUACCCGCUAACUAGAAAAAUAACUUACCAAGAUUUUGAGUAUUGUUGGGAGCCUGUCCAUCCCAACACGUACCUGACUAAGCUCGUCGUACGUCGAAGAAGAGACUCUUCCCUACUACGUUUGUUCCAUGACCAAGACUUUGUGAUGCCACAUUUUCCAGGAACAUUAGCGAAAGAGGAAAAAAAUGAAGAGGUGGUUGGGAAGAAAAGAAAAACAUCUUAUACUGACCAGUCGAGAAAAUCAACGGAUUCUAGUAAACGCAUGAAAUACGCUUACUAUGAUCUUCAGAAAAAUAUUGGAGCUGCACUACAAAUUAGAACGAAGGACCAUAAUAUAGAACCCGUGGACAAGAAAGGUGAACGACCAUUGUUUAUCGUAAACAAAAGGAGGGUAGAUCCAAAAGUUUUCCUGGGCUUGUCAGAUCUUGAAGAAUCGAGAUUGCCCGUACCCGUUAUCAAAGAAAUGAUAAGAAGAAAAACAGAAAAAAUAUUGGAAGAACAGAAAAACCCGCAAAUAAGAUUCAAGCCAAGACCGACAAAAAGUAACGUUGACCCUGCUACCCUGCAUCUUCCUAGUGGACGGUCAUAUGGAAGAACUUAUACCCAUUGUGUUGGUUGUGAUGCGAAAAAUAGGGAACCUAGGCCAAUUCCAAAAGUACCAGAAUCAAGAGUCUUGCCUAUUCCUCUUCUGCCAGGUCAACCACCGAUAAUGCAAACAGACUAUUCAAAACGCCUUCCUAUGUUAAUCGACAAGGAGCUAUACAAACUCAAUUUUUACCGCCAAAAAUUCCGUACUGUUGACAGGUCCACAGAUCCAGCUUUUUUCUACGAAUAUAAAUAUAAAUGAAGAUAUUUUGUAAUAGAGAAGACCUAAUAAAGAGG